AUGAAAUCUGUCGAAGACGAAAAUAUACUCAAAGAUAUAUGUGAAUCGAAUGGAAUCAAUUACAAUGCAUUACAGCGUAAUAGUGGAAUUGACUCAAAUAUACAAAUACUUGAAAUGUUUUUUUCUGGUCUACCUCGUCUUAUAAGUCUGCAACCAUUUCCGAACCUAUUCAAACUCGUCAUUGUUAAUCAAAAUAUUGAACAUAUCGAAGGCUUAGAUACGUGCGUCAAUCUACGAGAACUAUGGAUUACAGAAUGUAAACUAACAAGAAUUGAAGGUCUUAGCCGAUGUAGUCGUUUGCAGCGUUUAUAUUUGUACGCCAACGCAAUAACAACGAUCGAACAUCUUAAUGGAUUACAACAACUCGAACACCUGUGGCUCAAUGAAAAUUUGAUUACAAAAAUUGAAGGAUUAGCCAGUGCAAAACAUCUCAAAGAUCUUAACCUUGCCUCGAAUCAAAUCAAAUACAUCGGCAUGUCUCUUGCAGAAAAUACCGAACUCGAAGUGCUAAACCUUGCUGAUAACAAAAUCAGUUCCUUUCAAGAUAUUACUUUAUUGACCGCAUUACCAAAACUACGUAACAUUGCAUUCAGUGAUCCUGUGUAUGGCGGAAAAAGUCCCGUGGCGUCCAUGGCGAAUUAUCAUGUUCAUAUCUUAUACCAUUUACCACAUCUUGAGUAUAUUGAUGGGGUGCAUAUAUCGACCCGACAAGUUGCUGAACAGGCUGAAGCAACCGUGACAAAGAAAAAGAUGUGGUAUCACAUGAAAUCGAAGACAUUAGAACGUGAAUAUGAUGAAUUCGAGACUCGAUUAAAACAAUUACGAAAAAGGAAUGAACAUAUACCGGAAGAACAUAUCCGUUCAUUGAUUAGAAGUCUUCAACAAUUAAAACAAGAAUUACAUCUACCGGAAAAAUAUCAACGGAUACGAACAGGUGGUGAUAAUAAAAAGGAAAAAAUCGAAAAACAAAUUGAUAUCCUUCGACAACGAGUAGUUGCUUGGCAAAACAUUCUAAAUACUCUUACUGCUCAAUAUGAAACUGCUCAUUUUAUUUUACUACAACAAAAAGCUCAACUUGCAUCGCGUAUUCAAUUAGAAUUAAUCAGUGGAGGAAAUAUUCGAUUUGAAGAAGGCACCGUUAAUGAUGUUUGGUACAACGCUACAAAAGAUCUUCUACUCUCACGUUUUUGUUCGUCGAUUUACAAUCGAUAUAAUAUAACUGGUAUUAAGAUUCAUCGGAUCACACGAUUGUUCAAUCGACCGAAAAAGUUACAAUUCGAUCAUAAUUUGGAUUACACUCUCGAAGAGGAAGAGGAUUCAAUCAAAACAAAAUCGAUUCAAUCGAAAUUAGAAUACUUAUUCUAUACUAGUCAACCAUCGCGACACGAUCAGAACAAUCAUAUGCAUCAAUUCACAACAAUCGAAUCGAUAUCUGAACAUGGCUUUCCCAAUGUUGAAUUAUAUAAAGCAAUGGGUCAAGAAGAAGCCAUUCCAUUCUCGAAUUCGCUUGCUGUCAGUGAUUAUCUUCGUAUUGAACAAGCAGGCUUCCACAAUCGAGAUAAAUAUCGUUUUGGUAGUGUUCUUUUGGCGAAAGUGUACAUUGGCUCAUCAACAACAUUACCAAAAAAGGAAUUGCCAUUUCCUGAGUAUCAAGCAGAUUCAAGUAUAUCAUCUAAAAACUUUCCUAUUCAAGCCAGUGUCACCCGUCACGUAACCUUUCCGGAGCGUACAUCUUCGAAAACUGAACACUGCGAUUGCGGUGGCCUACAACAGCAAUGGUUUGUCUUCGAUCCACUUCAUGCCUAUGCUGAAUAUAUAAUUGAAUAUGAAUAUCUAUUCUCCGUAGCGAACAAUACGCUCAGUGAUCAACUUAGUCGGAUUAAACUUGGAAAACUGGAUGAAUUAACAAUAACCAACUAUAAUGAAGAAGUUCAUCAUGAUAAUUCUAUUCUUCCAUCGAAAGAUGAAGAUUUGUCAUUGAAAAUAGAUGAGUUGAAUGAAGAAAUCUUAUUAGAAAUCACUCACGAGAAGAAUUUAGCAAACAUAGUCGAACUAAAUCUUGCUUGCUGUAACCUGCAUUCAAUAAAAUUCCUAUCGAACUUGAAAAAUCUCCGUUCUAUUAACUUAGCAUUCAACGAACUCGUCAAAUUGGACGAAUUAUGUUACUUUUAUUCAUUAGAAUCAAUUGAUUUAAGCUAUAACAAAUUAGUAACAUUCGAUGGAAUGAAAGGCUUAACGAAACUAAUCUAUUUAAUUGCAACGAACAAUUUCCUCAAGAAAUCACUAGAUGAAGUAUUGACAGUAAAACGUUACUGCCCAAAUGUCAAACAUCUUGAUCUACGUGGGAAUCCAUUUGAUAAACCGGAAACCUAUCGUCCUCGUUCGUUGGCAUUAUUACCUAAUUUAUUAACACUUGAUGGUAUGAACGUAAGCCCUAGCGAACGAGAAGACGCACAAGAAUGUCAAACGGAUGUAUCAUGCUCUCUUGAAAAUUUCAUUCUUCACAGCCGAAUUUAUCCUUUUCGUCCGCGAGAUUUACGUAGUUAUUUCAUUGCGAAAUACUAUGAUAUAUAUACAAAUGAUCCUCUCGGCAUCCAUCAACCGAAAAUUGAUGAUAUUUAUUGGAUGUCCAAAGUGACCAGCUUAUGUUUGAACGAUGUUUAUCUGACUCAAUUACCGGAUCUUAGCAACAUGAUCUGUUUGCGUUGGGCGUCAUUUGACAAUAACUGUUUAACAAAAAUUCAAGGAUUGGACAAUCUCGUUAAAUUGGAAGAAUUAUCGAUUGAAAACAAUUUUUUGAAAGUUAUUGAUGGUAUCGACAAUCUCUUGAGUUUAAGUCGAUUAAAUGUUUCUAAGAAUGACAUCGCUGACAUCGAAGGACAAGUGAUUAGUAAUCUUCCUCGAUUGUCAUACCUAGCUCUCGAUCAUAAUCGAUUGCACAGUCUAGCAAAACUAAACGGAUGUUCGACGUUGAUCGAAUUGUAUGCUGGAAAUAAUCUAAUCAAGAACAUUCGAGAUAUAUUCCAUUUGAAAUCAUUAUCGAAUUUACUCAUCUUGGAUCUUUGGGGCAAUCCGAUUUGUCAUGAGGCGGAUAAAUAUCGUUUGUUCAUUAUCUAUCAUUUGAAAUCAUUGAGAGCAUUUGAUGGUUUUGCGGUGGAAAUUCAAGAAAGUGGCGAAGCUCGAGAAACAUUUGGAGGCAAACUAACUGCAGAUUUUAUUGUGGAAAAACUUGGAAAUAGCAAUUUUUCAGAUAUCAAACAUCUUGAAUUACCCCAAAGUUCAAUCCGUGGUGUCGAACUGAAUGCACAAUUUCCUGCAUUGAAAUGUGUCAAUCUUGAACACAAUCAAUUGACUAGCUUCUCAGGCCUUAUUCAUCUACCGAAUCUAAAGGUACUCUGUUUGAAUUAUAAUCGCGUGGAAAGUAUUCUUCCACGUCCAACCAAACCUCGACUUGAUCAUCGUGGAAAACCCAUCCCCGAAAAUGUGGAUAAUCGUGUUGUGCUGGAAAAUCUCGAGGUUCUCCAUCUAGCGUAUAACAACAUCUCCGAUCUAAUUGCACUCCAAUUGAAUAAAAUUCCAUCUUUGCGAUCGUUGUUUCUUCAAGGAAAUGAAAUAACAAAAGUCGAAGGUUUAGAAGCCUUGCGUCAUUUACGGGAAUUAGUAUUGGAUAAGAAUAAGAUUCGAUUGAUAACGGAGACGUCAUUCUACUUUCAAACCAAUCUAGUGGAAUUACAUUUAGAAGAAAAUCGCAUUCGAGAAUUAACAUUUUUUGAUCGUAUGAUGAAAUUAGAAAAGCUCUUUUUGGGUUCAAAUAAGGUUACAGAAACACAGGAAAUCGAAAAACUCAGCUUACUUGUGUGUCUCAACGAAUUAUCUUUGACUAACAAUCCGGUGUCGCGCAAAUCUUCUUAUCGAUUUUUCGUGACGCACAAAUUACCUCAAGUACAGAUACUUGAUGAGCAAUUAAUUACCGAAGACGAACGAUUCCGAGCUGAAAUUUACUACACCGAAUCAGCACAACAGGGUGCAUCAACUGGGAAUGUUAGCGAAUAUUUUCCUGGAUUCUUGAGCUCAAACCCUCAGCAAACACAACAACAACAACAACAACCUAUGCGAAUCAAUCAACUAGCGCUCAACGAUGGUUACGGUAGUUCCUAUCUAAUUGAUCAAAUUCGUCAUCGACAAAUGCAGAUUCGUGCUGCAGCCGCCAAUAUCGGAAAUUCCAAUGGUAAAAAUGGUAAUGCGCGUUUUUUACCUAAUGAUCGAUAA